AGUGGUUGCUGCCUUUUACCUUUAACUUGAUGCUGCUGCCCAGACAGCCGGACUGGAGCCGGACUGAGCCGAACUACAGAGUUCCUGUGAUGCCCCAGAGUGGGCGGAGCUGGCCGGGGUCGUGAUGCCGUACGUGGACCGACAGAACCGCAUCUGUGGCUUCCUGGACAUCGAGGAGAAUGAGAACAGCGGCAGGUUCCUGCGCCGCUACUUCAUCCUGGACACGGAGCAGGGGAACCUGCUGUGGUUCAUGGACAACCCCCAGAAUCUGCCUAAAGGUGCGGAUAGUGUGGGCUUCCUCAAACUCACCUACAUCUCCAAGGUCAGUGAUGCCACCAAGCUCAGGCCGAAGGCAGAGUUCUGCUUUGUUAUAAACGCAGGCAUGAGGAAGUUCUACCUGCAGGCCAACGACCAGCAGGACCUGGUGGAAUGGAUCAACGUUCUGAACAACGCCACCAAGAUCACAGUGCCAAAGUGUGGGGAGGGUCAGACCGCCGACGUGGAGACCCCACAGGAAGCUCUUGGAGCUAUGAAGCAGGUCUCCUAUAAGACAGAGAUCGUAGCUGGAGUUCCCAUCAUCACAGCCACACAGGAGCAGAGCGAAGGCCAGAACGGGUCAGAGCGAGGGAGGCGGGCUCAGAACCAGCUGCCGUACUUCCUGUCCAGAGGGGUGCAGGAUCAGGCUUUCAUUAAGGCUGGAUACUGCGUUAAACAGGGAGCUGUGAUGAGGAACUGGAAGAGGAGGUACUUCAUCCUGGAUGAAAACGCUCUCAGCUACUACAAGUCUGACCUGGACCGGGAGGCGCUGAGAGUCAUCCCUCUGAAGGAGAUCCAGAAGGUCCAGGAGUGCAAACAGAGCGAACUGAUGAUGAGAGACAACCUGUUUGAAAUGGUCACCAACUCCAGAACCUUCUACAUCCAGGCUGACAGUCCAGAGGACAUGCACGGCUGGAUCAAGGCCAUCUCCGGGGCCAUAGUCGCUCAGCGCGGGCCGGGACGCUCCGCCAGCUCGGAGCACAGCGGCUCUCCCUCUCCCACCUCAGCCUCCACCUUCUACUACUCCGUUAACUCGGAAUCGCUUUACCCAGAAUCCUCAGCGGGUGAUCAGCCUCACGCUGGACACUCACCAACAGGACAGCUUCCUCAGCCUCCUUCCUUGGCGGCUCAGUGGAGUCCAGCCGAUGCGCUCCCGCCUGUCGCUGCAGGAGACGGUUCAGUCCUCAAAGUGAUGGCGACCAAGAGGCUCAGCGGUGGCGAGGACGACCUGACCUCAGAGGAUCCAGACACACUCAUCACUCAGAUGUGAUAAAAACUCAUCAUUGUUUAUUCUCCUGCUGAACUUAGUUUUCCUACAUGUGGGUCUUCCUCUGCCCAUCCCCAGUGGGUCUUCCUCUGCCGAUCCCCGGUCGGUCUUCCUCUGCCGAUCCCCGGUCGGUCUUCCUCUGCCG